CAUUAUACUGAUUUUAAUGCACAAAUGUGGUUUUUCCAUAUGUACGAGCUAAAUUAUGACCUCGGAUAAUCUGCAAUUCAUAAAUCUUUUCUUUGCAUAAUAAGUUAUUGGAAAAAUACUAUACCAUACUAAUAUCUUGCCAGCGAGAAGUGACCCAUCCAUAUCGAAACGAUAUCAAUUUUAUGAUUUCGACGUCAAUUGGAUGUCGAUUCGAUAAUAAUUCCAUUAUCAUUUCUUCCUGGGUUAAAAGUUACUUAAAAUAAUUUUGAAAUAAAAAUUCGUCUUGAAUAUAUCAGUCUAUAUAUACCAUCGCGAUAAUGAUACGAUAACAUGGAGGAAACUGAUAUGUUUUAAUGUGUUGUGAAUGUAACAGCGCUGUCAAUCGUGUAACGCCGCCUUCUUAAUAUAUAUAAGCUACUAGCACUCGCACACAUUGACAAGUAAAGCCAGGAAAGUGCAGCAGUAUCAAGCAACAGUUUCUAUCGAGCAUUGCAGUGCAUAACAACCUAAUCACUCGUGAACUGCUAUUAUUUCCCGAAGAGUCAAGCGACUGAUCGAGGGGAUGGCUAUGUCGGAACACGAGCGACUGUAUACUCCAAGCGAAUGGAGCAAACGGUAUAAAUCUGAGGAGCUGCUCGAGCGAUUUUUUAAAUUCUGCGAGGAAGUUACGGAAAAGGUUCGGAAAACUGUUGAUUGCGAACUCAAUGUGCCGUACGGUCCAACGGAGCGCGCAAAAUACGACAUAUAUGGUAGCGAUUUACCUAAAGAUGCACCAAUAUUUAUAUUUAUCCAUGGCGGUUAUUGGCAGGAAUUCAGCAAAGAUCUCACUGGCUUCUCAGUACCUUUCUUUGUUGAAAAUAACAUCAAAGUAAUUACAGUAGGAUACGAUUUGUGUCCGAAUGUCAAACUUGGAGAUAUAGUAGCAGAGAUAAAAUCAGCGGUCGCGCAGAUAUUAAAAUAUGCGGCCAAUUCAGGCUCCAAAUACGUGUGUAUCGCUGGACAUAGUGCUGGAGCGCAUUUGGCCGCAUGUCUGUUGCACGAUGACAAUUGGAUCAAUCGUAUGACACAGCAAGGGUAUUUUAAAUUAUUAAAAAAAAUCAUAUUGAUAAGCGGCAUUUAUAAUUUAAAACCUAUAGUUGAUACCAGUUAUGCAAUAGCCCUGAAUCUAACUGACGAAGAAAUUGAAACAUUUAGUAUUUCUACCCUUGAUGAAGCAAAAGACCAUCGUAUCAGUGACUUAAAAGUUGUCGUAGCCGUAGGGGAUUGCGAUUCUCCAGUGUUUGUGGAUGAAACGCGCCAAUACGCCCAGAAAAUCAUUUCCAUUGUGGAUAAUGUGGAAUAUCUUUUGCUUAAAGACAUCGACCACUUUGAUAUAGUGGAAAAACUUCUGGAUCCGAACUACCAUCUUGCUAAAUUGAUAUUGAAGUGUCUUCAACCAGAUGCAAACGUUCGUUAGAUGACUUUACGAAGAGUUAAAGGAAUUUUUUUUACAAGGAACUAUAUAUGCAUUAUAAAAUACAUUUCAAAUUUGAUAGAAAAUUUAUUAAUUAUAUUACUAUAUAUUUUUAUAUGUACGACUUAUAAAUUAAAAAUAUAUAGACAAUCAUAUAAACAUA